UCUAAAACCAACACGCAAUAAAAUAACUACCACAAUUUAUUUAUAACCACUAUAUAAAGUUGCUCAAUUUCAAUUUGCAUCUUUAUAAACUACCCGCUCAAGAAGAAAAAUUCCGAAUCUUCUUUGGGUUUGUUUUUCAUUCCAUAAUAGUUCAAAAAAAUUAUGGGAUCAGAAACUGAAAGUAAUCAGCACCAUGAACUGAAUCAACUUGUUCAUGUGUUCAUGAUCUCUUUCCCUGGUCAAGGCCACAUUAAUCCACUUCUUAGGCUUGGUAAGAUGAUUGCAUCUAAAGGUCUUUUGGUCACUUUCACUACCACUGAAAAUUUCGGCCAAGGAAUCCGGGGCUCCAACGAUGCUGUAUCGGAUCAACCCGUACCCAUUGGGGACGGGUUCAUCCGAUUUGAAUUCUUCGACGACGAAUGGCCCGAUGGCGACCCGAGGAAGCAUGAUAUGGAUCAAUACCUCCCUCAGCUUGAAGCUGUGGGUCGCCGUUGGGUACCCGAGCGACUAGCCGGGCUGGCCCGAGAGGGCCGGCCCGUUUCUUGCUUAAUUAAUAACCCAUUUCUUCCUUGGGUUUCUGACGUGGCAGAGGAGUUGGGUUUACAUAGCGCGAUGCUAUGGCCCCAAUCAUGUGCUUGUUUCCUUGCCUACUAUUGCUUCCACCACAACUUAAUUCCCUUCCCUACCGAAAAUACCCUCGAAAUCGACGUCGAAAUCCCAACUCUACCCCUACUUAAAUGGGACGAGAUCCCCACUUUCCUCCACCCGACCACGCCUUAUGCUUUCCUCAAGAGGGCAAUUUUGGCACAAUACAACAACCUCUCGAAGCCCUUCUGUAUCCUCAUGGACACCUUCUACGAGCUCGAGCGGGCGACGGUCGAUCACACCGUCGCCCUCCUAGCUCGCAGCCCGAUCAGGCCCGAUAUCAGGCCCGUCGGGCCGCUCUUCAAAAAGGUCGUACCCGGCGGGGCCCGUGUCCGGGCCGACCCGCUGAGGCCCGAUCGGGACUGUUUGGAGUGGCUCGACGGGAGGCCCGAGGGGUCCGUGGUGUACAUAUCGUUCGGGACCGUGGUGUUUCCGAAGCAGGAGCAGGUGGAUGAGAUCGCGGCAGGGAUCGAGGCAGCUGGGGUUUCAUUCUUGUGGGUGAUGAAGCCGCCUUUGAAGGAAUCCGGGCUUAGCCCGCAUUCUCUACCCGAUGGAUUCUUGGAUAGAGUUGGCGAUAAUGGCAAGGUGGUCCAAUUUGCCCCACAAGAGCAAGUACUAGCACACUCAUCCGUGGCUUGUUUCGUGACACAUUGUGGAUGGAACUCGACAAUGGAAUCACUCUCCUGCGGAGUACCAGUGGUUGCAUUUCCAUCAUGGGGUGAUCAAGUGACAGACGCAAAAUUCCUUUGUGAUGUUUUCAAGACAGGUAUACAACUAACUAGAGGUGAACAUGAGAGGAGGAUUAUCUCUAGGGACGAAGUCGAAAAAUGCUUAAGAGAAGCCACAUUGGGGCCUAAGGCAUUAGAAAUGAAGAAAAAUGCUCUCAAAUGGAAGGCUUUAGCCGACGAGGCAGUAGCCGAUGGCGGUUCUUCUGACAUGAAUAUCGAGUGUUUCGUCGAUGAAGUCCGCAAGAGGAGUGAAAAUGUCGCGACUAUGGCUAAGACGAUGGCGAAUGGUUUAUCUAUUAAAGAGAAUGGACACUAAGUACUCUCAAAAUGUUUGUUUGCUUAGAUAUAAGAAGAAAUAAUUAUAAUGAGGCCUGUUAAUUAUUUGGCUGCUUUUUUUUUAAUGUGUAGGGUCGAUUUAUAGUUUUUUCUAUACCUUAGCAUAUAUUGUGUUGGACCAUUUUGGUCUUUGGAGUUCUUUAUACUUUAAUUCGGCCCCUAGAAUCAAGAAUGUGUGUGUUAUGGCUUUUUUAGGAUUUAGGAUAGGAAAAUUCCUUAUUCCCCCCUCAAAAAUCCAUGUCGUCACUUUCGUGAGAAAUAACUGGAGAAAUCCUGAUUACUUUUUCUCAUUUUCUUUGUACUUUUUAAUAUUCUUCUUACUGUGUAAAGAUGCCUAAUAUUGUUUAUUAAUUUGAUUCAGAUUUUUGCUUUA